AUGCCAAAAUUAACUAAAGAAGUAGUUGAUAAAGGCUUUGAAGACAGGAGGGAAGGUAGUGCAAUUGUAAUCCAAAGUAAACAAAUUUCUUCUUUAGAAGGUCUCUCAAAUCUAAUCUCAAACCCUAACUCCCCUCCUCCUUUAGUGAACAAAAUAUUUUGUUCACUCAUGAUGGAAUUUAAUUUUUUUUUUUAUAAUUUUAUAGAAUUUUUUUUAAAAUUUAAAACAAUCCUAAUUUGCAAAAAAUUAGAAUGCAAAUAUUAAUUUAAUUUGUAAAGUUUAGCAAGCUGUUUAAAAUUAAACAGAAUUAGCAAGAGAUUUCGUUAUGGCGAUUCCCAAUUAUAUUUUCUUCAUAGAUUAAAUAAUUUUUAUUCCCUCACCCAAAAAAUAGCGAAUUUCCAAUGGUUUUGUUCGCUCACUGAUGGGGGGAGUAAGCAAUUAGUCCAUCUUGAUCUCUCAUUUAAUAUGAUUCGUACAAUUCCCCCUCAUCUCGAAUUAUUUCCCUCACUUCUCUACCUUGAUUUGUCUACAAAUCUUCUUACUACCAUAGAAGGCCUAGAUAAUCUUUCUGCUUUACAAGUUUUACGUUUAUCACGCAACAGAAUUACAAAAAUUGAAAAUUUAGAAGGAAAUCGCAAUUUAAACGCCCUAGAUCUCAGCAUGAACCAAAUAUCUCGGAUAGAGCGAAUCAGCCAUUUAAGAAGCAUGAAGUUGCUUUACUUGUAUGGAAACCAGAUAUCUGCUAUAGAAGGACUUGAGGGAAUGCUUUAUUUAAAAGAGCUAAGAAUUGAACAAAACCAAAUUCCUGAUAUAAAUCAUCUAGCCUUAAUAGAUACACAAAUUGGAGAGCUUCAAGCUCAUACAAAUUCGAUAGGAAAUUUAGAUGAUGUUAUCGUAGCGGUUUCUCAUUUGCCGAAGCUGAAAAACUUGUCUUUGUAUAAUAAUCCAGUUUCUUACGAUCCUACUUACAGAUUUCGUAUCCUAAAGUUCAAAAAUAUAACUAAUACCCCUCUAUAGAUUUCGUUAUCAAACAAAAUGGAAUGAUAGUUAACCAACCAAAUCAGACCCCAUCAAAGGGACUAGCUGGAUGUCAAAAAUUAUUGGCAAAUGUGAGCAAAGUUGGCCAAUUUUUAAAAAUGGCUUUAUUAUAAUAAAAUUUAAUUUUUAUCAGAAAUAAUUGUAUACAUUUUUAAAAUUUUAUGUUUUAAUAUAUUUGAAAAAUUAUUAAAUUUAAAAAAUAAUUAUAUAUAAGAAAAAUCAUGUCAAGAUUAUAAAUUAUUAUGAGCCAUUAAUACUUUUAAAAGAGCCAUCAGCUUUCAAUACAAAUUUUAGCUUUUAUAAAUCAGUUGCUCAUAAACAAAUUGAAUUGUUCAUUUAAAAAUCUAUCCUUCAGCAAAAAAGAAACUCGACUUAUAAGUUUUUUUAAUUUUUAAGUCCAUUUCAAUUUUUAAUGAGCAAUUAAAACCUCAUAUGGAGCAAUCAGCGUUCAAUACAAUCUUUGGCUUUAUAGAUCAUUUUAUCAUAAACAAUUAUUAUUUUGUUUUUUUUAAAUUUAUCCUUCGCGAAUUACAACUUAAAUUAUAAGUCUUUAAUUUUUAAAAUCUAUUUCAAUUUUCUAAUGCACAUCUAAUGUGGCUUUUGAAUAAGGCGAAGAUUUUAAUUCGGCUUGACUAGCACUUAAAGGUCGAAGCGACUCUGGAAUUAUACUAUGAAAUUAACUUAUCGAUAUCUAAUUUUUAUAAUUCAUAAUAAUUUUAAUUUGAUAGAAAAUAAAGAAAAAAUAGGUUAGAUACUCAUAAGUGUCAGUCUAAAAGUAUCUUUAAUUCAAAAUUAAUUUUUAUACAAAGCUAUUUUAAAAACUUGCCUGCUUGCUUGUCAACUUUGCUCCAUUUUUGAUAUGUAACUUUUUAACCCUUCCUGGUAUUGAGUUCCAGCUCGUCCCUUUGAUAGAGUCUGACUUGGUUGUUCAACUUUCCAUUACAUUUUGCUCGAUAAACAAAUCUAUAUAGGGUUUAUGGGCUAUAUCGUAAACUUAGACGGGCUGCUUGUAAAAGACUAUAUUAGAGAUGUGCUAGAAGACAUGGAAGAAAACUAUGAUUUGGACCAAAUCGUUGUCAAAUCUCAGCACAGUAUAAGCGAGCUUAUAGAGCACGAGCGAGAAGUUAAAGACACAGCUAUAAAAUUAAUGAAAAUCCAAAUAGACCAGCUUGAAGACGAUUUUUUUGCGUUCAAAAGAGCAAUGGAAAUUGAACUUGAAAAACUCAACGAAUAUGCAGCUAUUAUUAGAACCAAAAAGAACUUAGGCGAAGAUGUCGCUUUAGAUGUGAUUAGAGUUAAUGAGUGGAAGCAAAGAGUUCAAGAAAUGGAAAAAGAAAGGCUGGAGAGCAUAAGGCAAAGAAAAUUAAAACUCGAAGAAGAAAAGAAAAAAUAUUUAAGGGAUAAACGAGCAAAUAUCGAUUUCACCGGAAAAUUAUAUGAAAUUGCCCAAGCAAAUCCAAAGCUCUGAAGAGAAGUAAAAGAAGAAGUUUGGAAAAAGCAGGUGGAGUUUGAAGAUCAAAAUUAUACAGUAAAGCAGACAACUGUAAGGAAAAUGAGUGACCAUAACUUUAAACAAAGCUAUGGACAAGGCGUGAGUCCAGAAAUGCAAAUAAAUAUCGCAGAAGAAGCCAUGAAAAAAAUUGAAAAUGAGCUGGGUGGCCAGUUAGCAAGAAACGCUGAAUCUCGGCUUGCCGCAACAGAAAAUCAGGCUGCUGAAAAAAUCCAACAAAAAGCCAAAGAUGCUAAAAAAUCCAAAGCGUGCUUAAUUUUUUAA